CGCUUUUCAACCAUCAACAACCGUCAUCGAACUCCACCACAACCAUCUCGCUGUCAUCUCAAAUCUCAGGCAAAAUGCUGCUGAUACCUGUCUAAAGCGUUCCAUGUGCUUCUAUGUACACCAACCCGCGCAAUUCUACCGUUUCUCCCUGUCCCCCUUUCGCCCAUCAUGACCACAACCCUCGAACGCAGCCUCUCUCGCACGUCGAGCAUGUCCAUCCCCGUUUCUAGCCCUCGAUUAUCUCUCAUCCAUGAAAACACGCCUCCAGCCUUAGCAGACCCGUCCCUAUCACACAUCCAUGACCGCCUGACCUUUCUGGAUUCCCGCCUACUUGAGCUACGCUCCAGCGUUCUAACCAAAGAUGGCUACGUUGACCGACGAAACCGCGAAGACGAACACAUUCGCCGCGAAUUCGAAGCCCAUCGGUCAAUUUCUAGUCGAAUCGAUCUGAAUGUUGUUGCGUUGAAGACAGACGUCGACCAGUUGAAGUCAGGGAUCUCACAACUCAAGUCCAGUAUCGGCCAAAGCGGCAACGAGACCGUCUUCCUUCGCAGUGAUGUCGACCGCUUGUCGAAAAAUGUGGAACAGAUCCAGUCAGAUGUUGAGCACCUGCAGACUGACGUAUGUGGGUGUCGCGUGGAGAUCAGCAAACUACAUGCGACCAUCAGCCAACUUCGAACGGAUCUGAUUACUCUACAACAUGAGACAUCGCGACAUUUGACUUCUGUGUUCAAUCGGUUCUCUCUUAUUGAAGCUCGGAUGAAGCAUUCUGAACGAGUUCGUUUCAACUCUCUGGCCCACACGACGCAUGCACCGAUCACGCCUGUACCUGUCGUUGAAGAGGAUGGAUCGUUGCAGUGGCCUGAAUAUUUCCCUCGCACUGUGUGGAGAUUUUGGUGUCUGAAGAAGCGAAGCAGGAUCAACCGAUUGGCACAACUGGCCGACUUCUAUCAGCUUGGAGGAUACGAGUAUUGGGGCCGCAUGCACCAGGAGCAAAGCCUGUUUGCGAGUGAUAGCGACUCCAGUGAUUCCAGCGAUUACCCAUCCAACUUGAGUCGCGCGGAAGCCGUACGCCUGUACCCCGAGGCUGCACACCAGGCCCUGGCUGCGACCUUGGGGUUGGUAUAUUAUAAGAUACGCAACGAAGUGGGCGAAGGCCCGAACACUGCUAUAACCCGCCCGCCUAAGCGUCAGCAGGAAGAGGUGAUUUCGGCUACUUCGAGCAAGGAGAAGCCGGUCAAGAUGGCACGCCGCCCAACUGUGUCACCUACGACUCUGAAAAGGCUCAUCACUGGACCCUCUUUGGAGUCCAAGUCUUUGACCUCUGAAGAGUCUGACAAGCUUGGUUGGAAUGCCCACUCUGAGAUCUCUGACGACACAAUGAGCAAGCUUCGUGGGAUCGUUUCGGACGAGGUUGGUACAUUGCUUCGAGCCUUGGAGAAAGGCCGGAUCCGACUUCGAUCCAACCGAUCGGAGCGGACGAACAUGUCGCCCACUGAGUCUAGAGCCGCUGAGUCUAAAGCUGGCUCUCGCAACAGCAAGGUUGCACCAGAGGACGAGCCAACUUUGCCGAAUACGAUUCCUACCGAAGUCUUAUCUAUUUCCUCUGAUCAUGCCGAGAAAAUCGGCGAUCACGAGCUUCCAGACACUGCGUCUGAUGCUUCGAGUCCACUGACUUGAGCCAUAGGAUACACACUGCAGUUGUGAUAUCUCUACACAGUACGUCGAUACGUCGGUCACGUCUUACCGCCUAGCCGCUGCACAGCAGACGCUCGGGUAUUCGUGGAUUGCCGUUCCACGCAAGGCUAUGUCGCGCCAUCGAUUGAUCGAGGCUGCGGAGCCUGCUGGAACCUCCGAUGAAUACCUGAAAGGCAGAGACGAACUUGCUCGCCAAAGGUGAGCGUUUGACUUAUACCGACGAUCUAUCAUGUCUUGGCUAUAUAAGCCGCUACGGGCGUUGAUACCCGACAAGCAUCAAAGGCGUCCUGUUUGAAUCAUUCUGGUUUAUAUGAUACCCCAUAUUUGGAUAUUGGAUUUAGC